AUGAAUUGUUUGGAUUCAAAGGGACAAGUAGUUUUUAUCGGGGCAACAAACCGGAUCGAUGCGAUUGAUGGAGCAUUGAGAAGACCCGGUAGAUUUGAUCGUGAGUUUACUUUCCAAUUACCUGGUUUGGAUGCACUUGCUGAAAUUCUAGAUAUUCAUACAAGAAAAUGGAAGCAACCACCUGUAAAAGAGUUGAAAUUGGAGCUUACUGCAAGUUGUGUGGGGUAUAGUGGGGCUGAUUUGAAAGCUCUUUGUACUGAAGCUGCUAUACGUGCUUUUCGUGAAAAAUACCCUCAGGUUUAA